GUGCAACAUCGUACGAGGUGCGUUUUUUUGAAGCGAAGUAGCGUGGGAACGGACAAUGAGUUACCGCGAUAACGAUCGAGAGCGGAGAGAUAACCGCCGAGAUGGGCGACGGGAAGAUUGGCGAGAUGGACAUCGUGGCGGGGGACGUGAGUUCUAUCAAGAUGAGCGACACGAUUCACAACGGGAGCGAGGUGAAACAGCCGGCGAUGUUAGAAGACGUGGGCCACCCACAUGCUUCGAAUGUGGUCAAGUCGGUCACUACCGAAACCAAUGCUGGAAACUCACUAACGAAGGCGGAGCACGACCUGGAGACGGUCGAGGAGGACAAUAGGGAGAUCGAGGAACUGGGCGCGUCACUAGCAACGAUGCACGGACAUAUCGAGCAGGAGAAGCAGAAGAAGAUUGAGAAGGAGAAGCGCAAACAAGAGAAACUCAAGAGACAACAGCGCGCGAUCGCUGAACGUGAAGCACAAGAGAAGAAAUUGGCACGGAGGAAUGCGAAGAUCAAAGAGGCAGAAGAAUGGAAGAUGCAGAUGCGGAAGGAGAUGAAGAUGGAAGCAGCAUUUGUUAAGAGCGAAUUGCGCGAGCAGUUAGCCAGUGGCUUCCCUGAACAAUUGACGGAUGAAAUGCUAAAGGCACUCGCAACUGCUUCUAUCGAUCGCAAAGGGAAGAAGAAGGUAGCAUCGCCUCCGUCACCAAGACCGUCCUCUACAAGCAGCGACGAAUCGAACAACACGGAGCCAUUGAACAGGCGCACUCGAAUACUGACGACUAAAGAGAAACGGAAGAGAAACGGGGAGAAGGCCGUGGGUGGUAACCCACCGAUGAUGCAGCCGGCGAAACGAACGCCUAGGAUGACUGGUGUGAAACCAGUACGACUAGCGGCCAAGUUGCAAUGCACGACAACAAAGACCAAGGAGAAGAAGACUCCGCCAAGAUUUACCCCGCGUAGGGGUACGCCACGUACGAAGAUCGCCGCAUUAAUGGGCGCAGAAGGAAGAGCAAAGUUUAUUUGCGAUAACAUCCGCGCGUUGGCGGAUCUGGGAGCCGACGAACUCAAAGAGACUUGUAGGAAGGAGGACGUUAACUACGAGAAGAAUACUAUCGCCGCCAUGAAUAUCGCAAAGAAGCGAGCAGUCGUGGCAUAUGGAAGUGAAGAGGACGAAGUCUGUAGUCGCGCAAACGAGACGGAUGUCGUGGAGCAGGGAAGUGUCGACGAGCCUGAUGAUGUAGAGGCUGACGCAUGAACUUUCAAGGAAACUAACUACUUGUGGAUCUUAUGUAACUGGCUGAUUGAAUUUCGAC